UUCGUGUUCGUCAGUCCGCAAAAUGCUUUCUUCCCAACGAGUUCCAUUUUUUUUCACCUUUAUCCUGAUCCUAGCUGGACUGGGUCGGUACACAAGUGGAAGUCGACUCCCAGAUUGCGUUAUUUAUCCAACAUGUAUUCUCACAAAGGAUCUGUGCUGCAGGUAGUGCAUCUAUAGAAAUCAAAGACGGAUGUGGAACAGAAACUGGAAAGCCAACUAUAUUUCAGCACUUGUCAAAAAUUGCACCCCGUUUUUAUAAAUACAAAGAUCCACAAAUAUGUGACCUUAACAUGGUAACAUUUCAUGUCUUUUCAUAAA